AUAAUAAUCCAGAAAUAGAAAAGAAAAAAGGGAGGUUAAUGAUGAUUUUAAAAUCUUUUAUACCAGGGAAUCUAAUAUCCUUAUACAUGACGAUAAUCAAUUCGGUCGUUAUGGUCGGACUCUAUUAUGGAUUUCUGACCACACUAUCCAUAGGUCCCUCUUAUAUCUUCCUUCUACGAGCUCGGUUUAUGGAAGAAGGAGAAGAAGGAACCGAGAAGAGAGUAUCAGCAACAACUGGGUUUAUUGCAGGCCAGCUCAUGAUGUUCAUAUCAAUCUACUAUGUACCUCUGCAUUUAGCAUUGGGUAAACCUCAUACAAUAACUGUCCUAGCUCUACCGUAUCUUUUGUUUCAUUUCUUCUGGAACAAUCACAAAGACUUUUUUGAUCAUAGACGUCCUACCAGAAAUUCAAUGCGUAAUCUUAGCAUUCAAUGUGUAUUCCUGAAUAAUCUCAUUAUUCAAUUAUUCAACCAUUUCAUUUUACCAAGUUCAAUGUUAGCCAGAUUAGUCAACAUCUAUAUGUUUCGAUGCAACAACAAUAUGUUAUUUGUAACAAGUAGUUUUGUUGGUUGGUUAAUUGGUCAUAUUUUAUUGAUGAAAUGGGUUGGGUUGGUAUUAGUCUGGAUACAACAAAAUAAUUUAAUUAGGUCUAAUGUACUUAUUCGAUCUAAUAAGUAUCUUGUAUCAGAAUUUAGAAAUUCUAUGGCUCGAAUCUUUAGUAUUCUGUUAUUUAUUACCUGUGUUUACUAUUUAGGCAGAAUACCGUCACCCAUUCUAACUAAGAAACUGAAAGGAAUUUCCGAACCGGAAGAAGUGGGGGAAAGUGAGGAAGAAAGAAACAUAGAAAUAGAAACUAUUUCCGAGGGGGGAGGGGCUAACCAGAAACAGGGGACCGAAGAAAAUACUUUUCUUCCCUUUUUCGGAGGAAGAGGUGGAUCCGAGCAAAAUCGACGAAACAGAAAAGCUACGA